UGCAAGUGAGACACCCUAGCUCUCAGCCCAGAAAUAAAAAACAUAUUUCGAAGUGAGUGUUAGCUUAUCACAUUUCCUGCAAAAUAAAUUAGUCUUGUUAACUGAAAGCCUAAGGAAUGGCGUUUAAUAGCCGGGUUUUGGUGCCUGUCCUCAAGGCCGAUGAUGACGAAAAGGAGUUAGUUGAUCCGCAAGCAGCCCUUAGGGAGAAGUGCCAGGCCAAAGGUCACAUUGCGUCCCUGUACAACAAGUAUCAAGAGUGCAAUGAUCGUGUGAAUGGCAAGUCCAAAACCACUGAGACAUGCAUGGAGGAAUUGUUCGACUUCGUCGCUGAAUUGGAUCAUUGCGUUGCUCACAGUCUCUUCUCGAAACUCAAAUAGUUUCAAAUUCUAGCAAUGCUAAAAAAAUAAAAUUGGCACUUAAAUAAAGGAAACAAACUAAAACAU